AUGUUCCAGUGUCCAUACUCUUGUUUUUCAAGCUUUACUAAGGAAGAUGAUAUGACUCACCAUGUCUUAGAUAAUCAUAUCAUAAGUGAUAUCUUGAUAACACCGAGCUCUUAUUUAUCGACUGACUUUCUGGGAGUGAAUUCUUCCCCUUCUGUGGUAGAUUACCAAAAUAUCGGAGAUUUCUUUUCAGAUCUUCAUUGUAAGGAGCCUGUAUGUGCUAGACACGAUGCAUACGAAUCUAUCUCUUAUUUGAUUGAGCACUAUGAUCGUUAUCAUUCAUUCAUUCAUUCCCCAGGGACUAUUGGAGUAAAAUUUCGAAAUUCGAAGAGUUAUUUAGCAUUGAUGAAAUUCCAAUAA